AUGACUGAAAACGCUCCAUUACAUAAUACGACUGGCAAUAUUGUCACGGAAUUGAAAUUACGAAAUGACCAUGAAACUACUUCCUCCAAGGUAAGUGAAAAGAGUGAUGUAUCACAUGUUAUCUCUGAAAAUAGUGACUGGCGAAAUAUUUAAAGAAGUUAAACAGCUUUCGAGAGAUUUACCGUGCGUAAGAUCUGAUUUCGUCGUGCCGCGCUAUUUUCGUAAAGGGUGCCCAAUCUUUAUUAGCCAAGAUAUGGUUUUUCCUCACCGUGUAUUGUCCUAAAACACUACCGUCGAAAUGACUUAUUUUUUAAGUUUAAUUAACUUGUUGUUAAAAACCUAAAUUUUUGUAAGAGAUAAAUAAAUAUUGCUGUUAGGUUUUUGUCGGGACUUGCCAUAUGCAGUCAUUAGACAAAUGUAUUUAGUAAUUAAAUGUACCUUACAUGUCGUUCAAGUUAAGUAGCCAAAGCAUUUAAAUUUACAGUUUCGGCACUCUCCAAUACGAUGAAGGGGAUUUGCCUUUUAUUUACUCGAGAAACCAGUUUAAUUAAAAGAUACCAGCUUCAACAUAAUGAAACAACAUCUGCUCUCUCGUUGUGCAACCAUCAAUGUUUUAUUUGUGGGUGACCCUUUUGGCCUUAUCUUGAAUUCCAGUGACUCAUAUUUCUCGAGGAUUACGAAACAAUUGUAAGCAUGCACGUCUCAAAACACUUCUAAAUCGGUAACGCACUGUUCGUUCAAGCGGUUUGGUUUCCAUGAUCGACUUGAGGCCAUGUAUUUUGAGUUUACUGGCAAUUCGCUUUUAUAUUUUUAAAACCCGAAUAAGCCUCAAGAAUGAAAGUACACCAGUUAAUCGAAGGAAAGUUUAAAAUAUUUCUGAGAUGAAGAAGAACUGAUUAUAUACAGCGAUGCGGCGUUCAUCACGAGCGCAGAGCAAGCAUCCAUUUUUUAGCAUUUUUCCUCGCAUAUCAAUCGGUAAGAAGUCAAAACGAUGGGCUCAAGAAAUCUAUGUUUUUCCACAGAGUCGUGUGGUGUCUGAGACCAAUUUGUUAAUCCAUCUCAACCGCAUUUUGGAUGAAUAUGAUGAAGAGCUGAAAAAUGAGAGGUUGAUCGCAGAAAACGCGAGUCUCAAGACUAACAAGAAGAUUCAUCGGCUCGACAGAAAGGACAGGCACCAAGAUGUACAGGACGCGUGCCAAAUACACGAUUUAUCGCUCAGAGAAUCGUUUCUAAGGAGCUGCGAACAGCUUGGCAUACCUCCGCUCGCAAUGACAUACUUCCUUGACAGAAUGACAUCCGGGGAUUCAGAACUGAUUAUGAGGAAUCUUGGGAUAGGUCCGAUGGGUACAGUGGCGGUUUCCGAAGCUUUGGGGCGAAAUCCUUCAGUGAAGAAACUUGAUCUGUCACUCAAUGAUAUUCAAGAUAAAGGGGCCAUUUCCGUGGCUAAAUUACUUGAGGUAAAUAGUCUGAUAACUGAGGUGAACCUGUCCGAGAAUAAAAUUGGCAAAGAUGGUGCCGAAGCGUUUGGUAACAUGCUAACAGUGAAUGACAGUUUGAUUAGACUUGAUCUUUCGAGGAAUCAUUUAACUGAUGAUGAUAUGCAAUUUUUUAGUAAUGUGUUGCAAACUGAGGAUUCCCUUACCAAGCUGGAUUUAAGCCAUAAUUUGCUAGGAGUUACUGGCGGGGAUUAUUUGGGAGAAAUGAUCGAGCGUAACGAUUCCUUACGACAGUUGAAUUUAGGGUGGAACAGAUUCAGCGAUGAGGGAGUCAAACAUAUUUGCACCGGCUUAAAGGAGAAUCGAACGCUAGAAAAGUUGGAUUUAAGCUGGAAUGAAAUUGGUCAAGAAGGUGCUCGAUGGAUCGCUUGGUCACUUGAGCAAAAUGGGAAGCUUUUAGAACUCAACCUAAAUAACAAUCGAAUCACUGACCGGGGAUUAGAAAACAUAGCCAGGAGUCUGGAACUAAAUGAUACCCUUAAAGUUUUCAAUAUAGGUUGCAAUAUCAUUACUUCAGACGGCGCUUGCGCACUACUCCAGUCGCUACUUAGAAAUUCAGGCAGCACAAUUGAAGAAGUACACAUGGCGGAAGUAGAGAUAAACAGUAGCAUUAAAGAAUUGUACUUCCGGUUGAAGAUUCGAAGGCCGCGAUUCCAACUCCUAGGGCUGUCAACAGCAAGUGGCGAGGUGUUUCAUUUUGUGAAACCUCAAAAUCCUAUGAUGGUCUUGGAUGAUUACCUCAAAAGGAACAAACUGACCACAAGGAAAUAUUGCAGCAUCGAAGAGGAAGGAGAUUGA